AUGGUAGGCGGUCUAGUGGUUAUUCUCCAUCCUUACGGACAGCUAGAUAUGGAAUUAUUUUCAAAAACAAUUACUCAUCAUCAAGUGUCAUAUCUGGGCACUGUACCAUCUCAGAUGAUUAAUUUAACUAAGUUUCUAAAUACUACAAAUCGAAAUUAUGUUUUUGAAACGCUUCGAUGUGUAUCAACCGGAGGUAUUGAAAUAGUUGUAAAAGUACAAGUUUUUUUUCAAAAUUUUUCGUUUUUAAUGUUAGGAGAAUCGCUAUUCGUUGGUACUGUUGUUGAUAUUCAACGUUACCUAAAAAACAACUGUCAGAUUUACAACUAUUAUGGUCCUACUGAAUGUACAGAAGCAGCAGUUGAACAUUUAAUAACAGAAGACGACCUUGUUCGUGGUUCUAUACCACUGGGACAGCCCAUGGCAAAUGUAUACAUCUAUGUCGUCGACAAGUAUCUUCAACCCAUUAUACCAGGCAUGCAUAUGGGUGCUGGUGUAUUCGCCGGUUAUCGUAGUCGAAAUGAGUUAACAGCUCAAGUCAUGUGUCAAAUCAAUAAUGAACUAUGCUAUAAGACAGGAGAUUUAGGAUGUUUCAAUCCCAAAACUCGUUGUUUAGAAUACUGUGGUAGAGAAGAUUAUCAAGUGAAACUUCGAGGACAACGCAUUGAAUUAAGUGAAAUUGAAUCAGUGAUUAUGAGUAUUGUCGCAAUGUGUAUUGUUGUCAAAGUAGUACAUAGCAAUAAUGACUAUCUUGUUGCUUAUGUAGAAGAAAAGAGUUAUAAUGUAAAUGAAGAGCAACUACGUCAGCAUUGUCAAUCUCAUCUUCCUCCACAUAUGAUUCCAUCUUUCUUUAUUAUUCUUGAUAAAUUACCUUUGAAUCAAAAUGGAAAAAUAGAUCGAAAACUACUUCCAUCAUCUUACCUUCCAUCGUCAACUACGCCAUCAGUAAGUGAACUUGAUACACCAGUUAAUCAAGUAGAAAAAAGUGUAUAUGAUAUAUGGUGCCAAGUGCUGGAGCAUAAUGGACGACAAAUAUCAACAACUGCAAACUUCUUUACUAUCGGAGGUCAUUCGCGUUUGUUUAUUGAACUUUAUCAUCGUUAUCAAACUAUCUUUGGCUUCGAUAGUCGUACAUUAUCUAUUAGUCCGCUUCUUGAACAACCAACUAUUCAACACCAUGCAAAGUUAUUAAAGGCAGUCGCAAUUGAUGAUAUACGAAGGGAACAAUGGUGUACUCUGCACAUUAAUCAAAGUAUGGCAUCAUUUGCUCAAGAACGUAUAUUUCUGGAUGAACAAAUUCGAUUCUCAAAUAAACAUAUUUUCUAUAAUAAUUCUGUUGCACUACGAGUUACUGAAGGUGUGUUGUCAAUAAAUCGAGUAUCACAAGCUCUCCGAUUGGUUUUGCAGAAACAUGAAAUAUUGCGUACUUCCCUCGUGUUUAAUAAUGAAGAUAGUACACUACAACAGCAUGUCACUGACAAUCACAAAACAUUUAAGUUUCUUGAUCCGCAAACUUUCGAGAGUGACAACGAACUUCAGAAUAUUAUUUAUCGAACGGUUAUCAAUCCUGAUCUGUUUGAUUUGUCUAAUGGUCGAGUUUUUAGUUGCCAAAUACUUCAACAGCAGAAGACUACACAUGAUACUGAUCACACAGAGUUUCUUGAAAAGUCUGAUGUUUUUGUAUUAUAUUUUCAUCAUGCAGCAGUUGAUGGAACUUCUAUAGCAAUCCUGUUGAAUGAUUUCUACAAUGCUUAUAGUAAUAAUAUGACAGUUUCACUUGAUGAACAAUCAGUGCAAUAUAUUGAUUAUGCUGUUUAUGAACGGAUUAUGGAUAUGACAUCAUCUCAUAGCUUCUGGUAUUCUCAACUAGAAGGAUUUAAUCUCAAACGCGCAUUAAAGCUACCAGUUGAUAGACACCGUUUGCCAGCUGUUCAACGAUCUAGCUUGGCGUCGGUAGCUCAAAUCUCUUUAGAUAAGGAGUUAUCAACAAUGUUUCUCAACUAUGCUUCCUUACAUCAAAUUACACCUUUUCAGCUUGGUUUGACUGCAUUUUACGUGUUUCUAUUCAAAUUAACUCAUGGAGAAACUGAUUUAUGCAUCGCAUCUGUUAAUGCUAAUCGAUAUCGAAGUGAAUUAGAAAAUAUGAUCGGCAUGUUUGUUUCAACGUUACCAUAUUGUGUACAACUCAAUUCUCAUUGGUCAUUUGAUGAACUUGUGAAACAUGUUCGAGAAAAGUGUUUAUCAAUUCUUGAACAUUCUCAUUAUCCACUUCAAUAUAUACUUACUGAUUUUCGACUUAAUCAAAUGGACGUUCCAUUUCUUGAGAUCGUAUUUAAUUUUUUACCGGUGUCUACAAAUAUUGAUUGGUAUUCUAUAGCACCAGCAUCAUUUGCACAAGCUCGUAUAUGGCUUGAUGAAAGAAUUCGAUUCGAUCCAGACAAACCUCAAACAGCAAUCUACAAUAUGCCUUUUGUUUAUCGUCUGCAACCAGGUCAUACUUUAUCGAUUCAACAACUUCGUCAUGCUCUGCAUCUCACUGUUAACAAACAUGCCUCACUCCAUACAUCACUUCAUUUUGGUAUCGAAAAGAAUCUACUUAUGCAACGAGUUAUUACUCAUGAAGAUAAAAAUAAUAAUAAUAACAUGUUUUCAAUCAUCGAAACUAUUUAUGAAACAGAUGAACAACUUAAUGAGAUUUUACACGACGAGAAACGUAAUCCUCAACUCUUUGAUCUUGCUCAAGGUCUUGUCUUUCGAUGUCAUCUUGUUUAUUAUAAACAAAUCUCUUCACAUCAUCUUCUUUCUCACAACGAUCUACUUAUCUUCAACUUUCAUCAUGGCUUAUUUGACUUUUCAUCGAUGAAUAUCUUUCUUCAUGAUCUCAAUCAAGCAUAUACAACAAGUCAAUUACUAUAUGAUGACAACACUAAUCUUCGUUAUCUCGAUUAUGCUGUUAUUGAACAACAAAUGUCAAUGACUGGUGCAAGUAUGUUUUGGCUGGAUGCUCUUCAUGAUUGUAAACUUGAUCAAUCUUUACCAUUACCAUUUGACCGAUAUCGUCUUGCAAAUGAACAUCGAACUGGUCGUGGAACAUCUACUUCUUUUGAUUUUGGUCAAGAUCUCUCACAUAACUUUCGUACUCAUGCAUCAUCGAAUAAUGUAUCACUUGAACAACUUGCACUUGCCACUUAUUAUGUGUUUUUAUUUCAAUUAACGAAUGGAGAAAAAGAUUUAUGCAUUGGAAUAAACACAGAUGGUCGAUACAGAGAUGAACUUAACUCUAUCGUUGGAAUGUUUGUGAAUGCGAUACCUUUGCGAUGUCAACUCGAUCCUCAUUUAUCAUUUAAUAAAAUCACUAAGCACGUUCAACAUAAUAUGAUAAAUUGUAUGAAAUAUUCAUAUUUUCCUCUUCAACGUAUUCUCAAUCAACAUCCAAAUAUAUCAAAUCCUGUAUUUCUUGAUACUUCAUUUGACUUUGUAUCAUCUAUGACAAAAGAUGCGGAAGAUGGUAUAAUGAUCGGUGAUAGUCGAAUUUCUUUAAUACCUUAUUCAAUUAAGAUUAGUAAAGAUGAAAUAAUGAGUAAAUUUGAUUUCAUGCUUAGUUUUCAGCAUGAUCUGAAUCUAAAUGAAAUCUCAUGCACAAUCGAUGCUUCACUUGAUUUAUUUAAUUCUGGAACAAUUUGCAUAAUUGCACAAAGAUUUCAGACAAUGUUACAUCAACAAUUUACAUCGUUUAAUAGUGAAAUAAAUAAACCUAUUCAUGAAUUACCAAUAAUAUUACCAAAUGAAAGAUUACUCAUGCAAUCAUUGAAUAAUACACAAGUAUUAUUUACAUCUCCUGUCAGUUGUGUUCAUCAUGAGUUUGUAUAUCAAGUAAUGAAGCAUCCACAAAAACUUGCUGUUGAACUAGAUGAACAAUCAUUGACAUAUUGUGAACUCUUACAUUAUGUACAAUUAUUAUCCAUAAUUCUUCUUAAUGAAUAUGAUGUGCUUCCAGGUGAGGUCAUAUGUCAAUGUGUUGAGCGAAGUUUGUCAAUGGUGAUUGGUAUAAUGGGAAUUGAAAUGGCUGGUGGUGUUUAUUGCCCAUUAUCACCUCGAGAUCCACAGCAUCGUUUGCAUGCACUGAUAGAACAAACAGGAAGUCGGCUCCUUCUUGUUCAUCGUUUUACAACAAAUAAGGUUAAUGAUAAUAUAAUCUCAGUGAAUACUGAUUUAGUAUGCACUGACAACUAUAUGAAAAGUGAUAAUGAUGUUGACCAACUAUCAGGUAUAAACGUUACAUCGGACAAUAUAGCUUACAUCACUUUCACAAGUGGUUCAACUGGUGUUCCUAAAGCGGUUUGUCUUUGCUGCAUUCUAGAAUAUAUGCUUUACUUCUUCUCUUUGUUUUAGACUCAGACAAGACAUAAAAAUCUCAUAAGUUUCAUACAUUCCCUUCAAUACAUUGACUACAUUAACGAAAAGGACACAGUAGUGCAAGUUUUUGCUGCUGCAUUUGAUGCACAUAUUCAGGAAAUUGUGGGUGCUUUACUUUCAAGCGCGUCUGUUGUCAUGUUACGUUCUUAUGGGAAUAUGGAUUUUUUAUAUUUCGCAAAUACACUAGAAAACAAACAAAUUACGUAUAUGGCAUCUGUUCCUAGUUUCUUGUA